CUUGUGUGCUCCAAUGUGAUGAGCGGCGUUCACAUUUUGUUCUAGUGGCAUAAAUCUCUUUCAGCCAUAAUGUACGAUUUUGAGUUUUAUUAUCUUCAGAAAAGAAAAUAACUUUCACUUUUUCCACGUGCGUAUAAACUUCGGGCUUGCUCGCCUUCAGCUCCUCUUACCCCUCCUCCCCUCUUCUUCCUCCCUGCCUGACUGUCCUGGCUGUUUCUCGGUUGUCUGCCUUCAUGAGGUGGGUUCAAGGAAGUGUUGAGGGGGCGGAUUGUCUUGAUUUUCUUUACAUCGUGCUUAGCCAAUAACUGUUGUGCACAUCUCAGCUGGCAGACAUUUAAAAGGGAGACAGUUCGGCGCUGAAGCAAUUUGUAUUAAACUCCCUGGCUCCUGUCUAUGGAGCGCUUAGUCUCCCACGCAUCCACAGACCCACCAGUGUACAGUCGACUGCCGUAGGUACCCAUCACCUCCAAAAGGUGCCGUAGAGGACUGACAGGACAACAUCGUCGUAUAGCAGGGCAGAUUUGUGCAGAAUGGCCAUCUCGACGCGUAUUUUCUGCAGUAUGGUUUUCAUCAUUGGGCUGCUGUCCUCUCCCGUGGAUUCAAAAAGAAACCGAGGUUCACAAGGGGCCAUUCCUCAUCCUGACAAAAGCAACCCAAACGAAUCGGAGCAGCAACCGCAGCCUUCGCAGGCGGGCUCUGGGUCACGCCAGAGACCGGGGUCGUCCUCACCGGCCGACGAGGUGCUGGAGUCCAGCCAGGAAGCUUUACAUGUGACGGAGCGCCAGUAUUUGAAACGGGACUGGUGCAAGACGCAGCCCCUCAAACAGACAAUCCACGAGGAGGGCUGCGUCAGCCGCACCAUCAUCAAUCGCUUUUGUUACGGACAGUGCAAUUCCUUCUACAUUCCCAGGCAUAUUCGCAGGGAGGAGGGUGCCUUCCAGUCAUGUUCUUUUUGUAAACCGAAACGUUUUACCACCAUGACUUUCACUUUGAACUGUCCGGACCAGCAGCCACCCACCAAGAAGAAACGCAUCCAACGCGUCAAACAGUGCCGCUGCAUUUCUAUAGACCUGGACUAACCAAGCAGCAACGAUACGUGUGCGAGGACAGAAUUGUUGGUAAAGUGUUCUGAGAACACAUGCCUGUCUCCAUUUGGAGAUGUGCGCCACAUAAAAAAAAGAAAGAAAAGGCGCACGAUUCUCUUCUUGCACAACGCGUGAACAAAAAUGGACACGCAGCAUUUUACACCUCACAAGUUUCAAAACAAACAUCACUGCACGGAAACGCUGACUUGAAAUGGGCACGUUUUACGCACGGCUUCCUCAUGCUCCCCAGAUAGAUGCAAAGAGAAAAGACUGUAAAUAAACCCGGUUCGAUUUUUCUGCUCCAAACAGUCGUUGUGACGGGGAAAUGUUUCUGUCCAAACCUGUAUUUUAUGCAUAUGUUUGUAGAACUGGAUGAAUGUUUCCACUGUGUGGAAUUUGAUGAAUGAAUAUUUGUAAAUGAAAAAUGUGAUUUUUAUUUCGAUACUUCAAGAAUCUUUCAAGGUUAACCUAAUUGAUUUCUGUGAAUUUCGAAGCGUCUUUUUUUUUUUAUUUUUUUAUUUUUUUUUUGCUUAAGUUGGGAGCCUGCUUCAAUAGUUUGUAGAGAAAAUAGACUCAUUAGUUCAUAGGGACAAUGUACAGUGUUGGUUUAGUCUGGAGAUUAAAUAGUUGUGAAAUGUAAAGCCAUCUUUGAUCUAACCGGUUUGUUUAUUCCCUUGAUUAAAUUAUCCGUGAAAACGUAAUAAAAUAAUGUUGGAAUAUUGUGCAUAUUAUUUGUAACUAAUUGUGUAGAAAAAAAUGUAUUAAACUGUGAGAUGACCUAUUACUAUGUGUGGAAGCAACAUUUUA